AUUCUAGUCCAUUUCUGUCUUACUUUAGGCUGGUAUGAAGGAGUUAAAAUCAGAGUAGUACACUCAUUCUUGCCAAUAUUCGUAAUAGUAGAUCUAUUUAUAUUGACGCUAUGCAGCACUUCAGGUGCUAAGAAUGUUGUCGACAGCUUGAGGAAGAAGCUGAGAACUUUGGGAUGUUAUCGAAAGCAUUCGCAGAGAAUGGUCUUCAGGACUUGCUCCAGCAUCUCGGUACACAUUGGGCAUCUCUUAGUCAGUGCGGGCCGUUGA